AUGCGCGGGAUGUUCUUUGAUGCUCAAGCCUUCAACCAACCAGUUGGCUCCUGGGACACAUCUCAGGUGAAGACAAUGGCUGCAAUGUUUGAUAAUGCUUAUGUGUUUAAUCAGGAUAUCGGUGCGUGGAAUACGUCAGCAGUUACGGACAUGAGCUGGAUGUUCUACGGCGCACGUGCCUUCAACCAACCAGCUGGCUCGUGGGAUACAUCCCAGGUGAAGAACAUGGCUGGAAUGUUUGACAACGCUUAUGUGUUCAACCAGCCCAUCGGUACCUGGAAUACGGCAGCAGUUGCAGACAUGAGCUGGAUGUUCUUCGGUGCCUACGCAUUCAACCAGCAGAUCGGCUCAUGGGAUGUCUCGUCAGUUGCGAGCAUGAGAGCCAUGUUCUGCAUGGCCACUUCUUUCAACCAGCCUGUGGGCUCGUGGAACAUGUCUGCCGUGACCAACAUGGAUGCGAUGUUCUGGGACGCGAAUGCUUUCAACCAGCCCAUCGGUUCGUGGAACACAUCAGCAGUGACCACCAUGAAGAAUAUGUUCUUCGGAGCUCAUGCCUUCAACCAACCAGUUGGCUCAUGGGAUACGGCAGCAGUUGCGAACAUGAGCCGCAUGUUCCUGCGUGCCCAUGAGUUCAAUCAGCCCGUUGGUGAGUGGAACACAUCCGCCGUUGUGGAUAUGAGCGGGAUGUUUCUUGAGGCUUAUGCUUUUGACCAGCCCAUCGGUUCAUGGGACACAUCAUCGGUGACCAGCAUGAACCAGAUGUUUUAUGCUGCAGAAGAUUUCAAUCAUCCUGUUGGCUCAUGGGAUGUGUCAAGAGUGACAGACAUGAAGUACGUUUUCGGCCGAGCGAGUCGCUUCAAUCAACCCCUAGCCUCCUGGAAUGUGUCUGCUGUGACGUCUAUGCGCGGAGUGUUUGAGAGAGCACCUCAGUUCAACCAGCCUAUCUUUUCCUGGAACACGUCAGCAGUUACAGACAUGAGCAUGAUGUUCUAUGGUGCCCGAGCCUUCAAUCAGCCAAUUGGUGACUGGGAUACCUCAGCGGUAAGGACCAUGUAUAGCAUGUUCACGCUUGCUGCGGCGUUUAACCAGCCCAUCGGGUCCUGGAACACGUCUGUCGUGGCAGAUCUGGCUUUCAUGUUUCUUGGUGCAAUGGCUUUUGACCAGGCUAUUGGCUCUUGGAGCACAUCAGCCGUUGUCAAGAUGAACAGCAUGUUCUACGGGGCUAUAGUAUUCAAUCAGCCUCUCGCUGCAUGGUCUACAUCUUCGGUGGAGGACAUGAGCUCGAUGUUCCGGCAGGCCUAUGCCUUCAACCAGUCUCUUGAUUCCUGGGAUACUUCAAAGGUAUCAAGCAUGAAGGGGAUGUUUGCCGGCGCGGUGUCCUUCAAUCAGCCGCUCUCGUCAUGGAACACAUCAGCUGUGACAGAUAUGAGCUUCAUGUUCCAGAAAGCCUUCGUGUUUGAUCGCUGGAUAGGCUGCUGGUGCACAUCAGCUGUGAGGGACAUGCAGGGAAUGUUUUGUGGAGCUCGCGCGUUCAACCAGUCUCUUGCUACCUGGGAUACUGCAAGGGUGACAGAUAUGAGCGGCAUGUUUGAACGAGCUUCCACCUUCAAUCAGCCCAUCGGCGAAUGGGAUACCUCCGCUGUUACAGACCUUAGCCACAUGUUUCACGAAGCUUCCUCGUUCAAUCAGCCGCUCUCCUCUUGGCAAACUAUGUCUGUGACAGACAUGAGGAGCAUGUUUGACGGUGCUCACACAUUCAACCAGCCCAUCGGCUCGUGGAACACUGCAGCAGUAACCAACAUGCACGCCAUGUUUCGGCAUGCAUCGUUAUUCAAUCAGCCACUUGGCUCCUGGGACAUGUCGGCAGUCGCCGACGCCAGCUACAUGUUCUAUGCGGCACCUGUUUUUGACCAACCCCUCAACUCAUGGAACAUGUCGGCUUUGACGGAUGCGAGCUCAAUGUUUCAGUUUGCCGUUUCGUUUAAACACGUGGGUGACAUUUAUCGCUGGCACUCACAAUCAGCUGUGAAACCGGUGAACCGUUCCUUCUACGACUUUACGCUGGAUGCCAUGGCUGAUUACACCGAAGAGUUUUUUCGUCUUGCAGAGGAGUUCGCCCGCCCGCCAUGUCAAGCCGGAUUCGGGCCGGCUUCUGGUGUCUGUACCCUUUGUCCACAGGGGCAGUAUGCAGAGGCCGGCGAGUCCGAAUGUCAAGAAUGUCCAAAGGGAGCUGUUCCCACCCCAGAUCGGGGCAGUUGCAAGGACUGUCCCUUUGGAACAAAUUCCUUGGAGUGUCGUGACUCAUGUGCCUUUCCUUUCAUGCUGUAUGACCACGGCUGUGAGCUUUGGCCUUGGCCGGUGAUGAUUGUCAGCGCUGUGUCCCUGUUGGUGGCUGUGCAGGCUGGGGUGGCCUGGUGGCGGGCGAACAAAGCGGCGAAGCGCGCUGCCAAGAUCAAGACUCUGAAGGUCCAGAUGUACGACGACCUGUGGCAGGAGCUCCCGGGUACCGUCGCAAAGUAUUCAGUCCGCUUGGAGAAGCUCGGUGUUGACAAGGCAGAGGUGGCCAACGAGGUGGCAGAAAUGCGAUCACGGCAAAGCAACAGCGCAGGAGUUAGUCUGCGGUACCUCCUCUCUCAGGAGUUCACAAGUUUGGCCAGGCAGCGAACCGGCAUGAGUGAUCCGACCUUUAACGACAUGAAGAGUGCCUUCUGGCUAGCUGCGGACCCGAUUGGCGAACAUGUUCAAUGCCCGCGGGACGGCAAGAUGGGUUGUGCACUUGUGGACUGGAUACCCAAGGAUGAGAGGCGAGCUCAAACACACUUCCUGUCUUGGGUGUGGGGAUACCACAUUUCACAGGUACAGAGUGCUUUGAGCAUGUACCGCGUGAGUGCUCAUGCGGCAACUGCAGCUGAAAGCAUAUUCUUUUUCAUGUGCUUUUUUGUUAACAAUCAGUACAGAAUUAUCGUCGAAGAGACAUCUGCGGGCAGUGAGAACCUCGAGACUAUCUUCGAGGAGAACCUGAAGCGAAGCGGGCAGAUGGUGGCCAUCUUAGACACCUGGAACCAGCCAGUGUACCUGAGUAGGAUAUGGACUGUGUAUGAACAGUUCAUGGCGUCCACUCUCGCGAUACCUGUCACGAUUGUGAUGCCAGACUCCGCCAUGACGUCUGUUCAACAGCAGAUCUCUUGCGGCAAGCAGGGAAUUCAAGAGAUCACGAUAUCCUUGAGCCGUGUCGACUCCGAAAAUGCAGGGGCAUGGAAGAAGGAAGAUGAGGCAAAGGUGAAGGGGAUCAUCGAGGAUACCGUGGGUUUCAGGCACGUCAAUAGUCACGUGACCGAGGUCAUGGUAAGAUGGAUCGGAGACGUGGUCAAGCAUCAGUUUCACGAGUUGAUCCAGCAAGCUCAGGGCGGCCAGCAGUCAGAGAUUUCCAGGCCGAUGAAAGAACCUGUGGAGACAGAUAUCCUUUAA